UAAUGAAAUUGUAUGAAGGAGCAGUAUAACUAUAGAAGUGUAAAACUGUUAACCGUUUGGCGUUACAUUACUAGUGUGACCCUAGUACCAUCUGCGACGACAAUUCCAAUAGUUUAUACUACUGCCAGUGAUCAUUUCCGAUAUAACAGAUUGCUCUAUAGUCAUAAUAUGUCUGAGCUGUUCAAGAUUGUUUUACUUACGUUUAUUUGACAAUCACAUGGAAAUAAACGGAAAUGAAAGAGUUUUUCCAAUGUAGAUUUAGUUCAUUGUUUUUGGAUCGCUCAAACGUUUAAAAACUUUCUACUAACGAUGUUUAGAACUGAAUCGAAAUUUUUGUUAAGUUCAGUGAUAAUAUUUUUAUUUACGGACAGAGUUUUGUGUGAAAGUUCUACAGUUUGUGGGAAAAUCUGCUCCUGCCGACCAAUCCGCGAGUCUUUAGGUGAUAUUAUUGUUCAGUGCAGAUUACCUAAUGUAUUACAUGAUAUUCCAGAUUUAGGAGAUAUAAAGAAAAUGCUACGAGUUAAAGAAUUAUUUAUUGAAGAUCAGGCUAAUUUAACAUCGCUGACAAGUCGAUCGCUACAACACUACAAACACUUAGAAACAUUGUCUAUAACCAAUUCAGGCCUUGAAUUUAUUGCACCAGAUGCCUUGAAGAAAAGCAAAGACCUUCGAAUUCUGACACUCCGAAGAAACCAAAUACGACUGUUGUCGUGGGAAGUCAUUGAUGGACUACAGCUUUUGCAAUUAAGCUUAGAGAAAAACCCUCUGCCUUGCAACUGUUCUAGUCUUUGGAUAAAAAUUCUACAAAACCACACAUCUAUCCUAGAUAACAGUGGUCAUCAUCUAAGAUGUAUAAAAGAAGAAGGGAACAGACAAACAUAUCAGUUGUCAAAAGUCAAGAUACCUCAUUGUGAUUUACCAAGACUAAAAAUUACGCCAAGUAUUACCACAGUUAAUGAAACCGGAAGUACUGUGAUUAAAUGCUCAGCUAAAAAAGAUGUUGAACCAGAACCGGAGGUUACCUGGGAAACGAGCAACCUAAAGUCAAACUUCACCCUGGUUCAAGGAAAUGACAAAACAAAGAUAGAAUUGCACAUUCACAAUGCUAGUUCUGAUGAUAAUGGAUGGCUGAAAUGUGUUGCUUGGAGUUUGGCGGGAAAGAAAUAUGAAACGAGUAGAUUCAAUGUGUCUUAUGCCCCUAAGAUUCUCAGAUUAUCUCCGCCCGUGAGGAAAUUUGAUUGGUGCAUAGGGUAUGAAGUACUCGGCAACCCUUUACCUUAUUUAGAAUGGUACAGGAACGGUCAAAGAUUCAAUAACACCAAGUCUGCUUAUCAUUCAUCGUCAUCAGACGGAAUUGAUAACAAAACCGGAUGUUUGACUUUUGAAAUGACAAAUGGCCUCCAUAAUGGAUUGUAUAAACUUGUAGCAACUAAUAGUUAUGGGAGUGCUAGUAAAACAGUGGAAGCUGAUUUUAUCAAAUCUAGUUCUGGCGAUAGACCACCAGAUACCAGACCUCUUGAUCAACCAAACCAAUUGAAUACGGGAAGUCAUGCCAGCGCAGAAAACUCCACUGCAAAAGAGAAAACUUCUGAUAACAUGGUGAUUUAUAUUGCUACCGGAAGUGCUUUGUUUGUUGUGAUUCUGGCAAUGACGUUUGUUGUUUUUAUGGUACGUCGAUACAGACAUAAAAAUAACAGACCACAAAAUGUAACUCCUUUUACAUCGACAUCCUCACACCGCCCAUUACUAAGUCCCACAUCUAGACCUGACGAGAAGAAUGGACCCAUGAACCGAGAAUUGAUGCCCUUAAAACGAGUACAGAUUGCAGAAAAUCCACAAUAUCAUAAGCCAUGUCGACCGAAAUGUAACUCAUCAAUCAUCCAUAUAAAAGUAUCGGAUAUCACCUUUUUACGAGAACUUGGUGAGGGUGCGUUUGGUAGAGUUUUUCUUGGUUCCUGCAAUAAUAUGCCAUGUGAUACAGAAGUAACUAUGGUGGCUAUUAAAACAUUAAAAGACGUUCAUGCAGAGAAUGCUAAAAGUAAUUUUGAUCGGGAAGCAGAACUUCUCACAAAUCUCCAACAUGAAAACAUAGUAACAUUUUAUGGUAUAUGUGUGGAAGGAGAAACAUAUAUGAUGAUAUUUGAAUAUAUGGAAAAUGGUGAUCUGAACAACUAUCUGAGGACGCAUGGACCUGAUGCAAAGUAUCUGAGUAAAAACAGUUGUAAUGUGGAUACAUUAUCAGUGAUUCAACUUUAUCAUAUAGCCAAUCAAAUUUCCAUUGGAAUGGUGUAUUUAGCUUCACAACAUUUUGUGCAUAGAGACUUGGCUACUAGAAAUUGUUUGGUUGGAAAUAAUUUGAUUGUAAAAAUAGGUGACUUUGGAAUGUCACGAGAUAUAUAUAGUACAGAUUAUUACCGGGUUGGUGGUUCAACUAUGUUGCCUGUAAGGUGGAUGCCACCCGAGUCAUUACUGUAUAGAACAUUUACAGUCGAAUCAGAUGUUUGGAGUUUUGGUGUUGUAUUGUGGGAAAUAUUUACAUAUGGACGCCAACCAUGGUUUGAACUUUCCAAUCAUGAGGUUAUUCAUUAUAUAACAAAUGGAAACUUGUUAGACUGUCCAAAUACAUGUCCAGAGGGUGUGUAUAAAAUCAUGUUAGGUUGCUGGCGACAACAACCUCAUAAACGUUUUAGUAUGAAGGAGGUCCAUAAAAUGAUUGAAGAACUGUGCCUGUGUCAACCAACAUACCUUGAUCUGAUUGGAUGAAGUUGUGAAUAAUUAAUUGCUCAAAAUGACUUGUUGUUAUCAACAAAAUUUGUUUACUUGAUGGGUCGUGAUGAUUGGUGCUAUAGAAUUUAAUACAGCUGAAUUAUUUAAUUGAGUAUCUCGUGAAUGAAAAGGAAGUUUGUUUUCUUGAUGGGUCGUGAUGAUUGGUGCUAUAGAAUUUAAUACAGCUGAA